AGGAGCUGGAAGGGAAAGGUGCUACUGGCAGCUGUCUUUGCUGACUCCAAUUCCAGCAUCAUGAAUGAGUCAUUUGCUCACCUCCGCUUUGCAGGAGGGUACCUGCCAUCUGACUCCGAGGACUGGAGGACCAUCAUCCCGGCUCUCUUGGUGGCUGUGUGCCUCGUGGGCUUCGUGGGGAACCUAUGUGUGAUUGGCAUUCUCCUUCACGGUGUUUGGAAGAGAAAGCCAUCCAUGAUCCAUUCCCUGAUUCUGAAUCUCAGCCUGGCUGACAUCUCUCUCCUCUUUUCUGCACCUGUCCGAGCUACAGCAUACUACAAAGGUGUUUGGGAUCUAGGCUGGUUUGUCUGUAAGUCCUCUGACUGGUUCAUCCAUACGUGCAUGGCAGCCAAGAGCCUGACAAUUGUUGUAGUUGCCAAAGUGUGCUUCAUGUAUGCAAGUGACCCAGCCAAGCAAGUGGCUAUCCACAACUGCACCAUUUGGUCAAUGCUGUUGACCAUCUGGGUUGUAGCCAGCCUACUUCCCCUGCCAGAAUGGUUCUUUAGCACCACCAGACGUCAUGCAGGUGUGGAAAUGUGCCUCAUGGAUGUGCCAGCUGUGGCUGAAGAAUUCAUGUCAAUAUUCGGUAAGCUCUACCCUCUCCUGGUGUUUUGCCUUCCUUUACUUCUGGCCAGCUUUUAUUUCUGGAGAGCUUAUGGCCAAUGUAAAAAACGAGGUACAAAAACUCAAAACCUUAGAAACCAGAUGCGUUCAAAGCAACUCACAGUGAUGCUGCUAAGCACUGCAAUGACCUCUGCUCUCCUGUGGCUCCCUGAAUGGGUAGCCUGGCUGUGGGUAUGGCACCUCAAGGCUGGAGGUCCAAUGCCACCACAGGGUUUUAUAGCCCUAUCUCAAGUCCUGAUGUUUUCCAUCUCUACAGCAAACCCGCUCAUUUUCUUAGUGAUGUCUGAAGAGUUCAAGGAAGGCUUGAAAGGCGUAUGGAAAUGGAUAACCAGAAAGCCUGCAGGUGCCUCAGAGGUUCAGGGGGCACCAGCUAAAAACACAGAGGCCCCUCUGGACAAGGCUCCAUCUCCAGAGUCCCAGACAUCCAUUCCAGAGACCGAAAGACCUGGCUUUCUCAACUCCAGCAAAGAGAAAACCAACAAGGCAGUGGCUCCCAUCCUCCCUGACGUCGAGCAAUUCUGGCAUGAGAGGGACGCCGUCGCUUCGGCACAGGACAAUGACCCUAUACCCUGGGAACAUGAAGGCCAAGAGACAGAGGGCUGCAAUUAGCAGACUUUAGUGUCAAAGAAAAACAGUGAUAAUUGUAGUUACUUGUACUGCUGCUUAGCAAUAUUGCUGACUUAUAUAAACUGCCGUUAGAAAUUGCAAAGAUUUUCUUCUGUAUUUUCAAACUAUACAGUCUGGUAAGUAGAAUGGCACGUAGGAAUUUUGCUUCAGAACCCCCCCCCCGCCCCGCAAAAGAACUCAUUUGAAGUGUUAUGUAAAGAAAACUAUGUUCAAGUGGUUACAGGGCUCAAAUGGACUUUCCCCAGGAUACCCCUUAGACACAGUCCUUGGCAGAGUAGUUUACCAGGCUGAACUUAUGAACUGUUUCUUCCUCAAACUGCUGCUCCCAAUGUAGCAGCAAGUUACAUAGCUCAAAAUCUGUAUCUCCCUUGGCCUUUUAUUAAGUGUAAAUUUUACUUAUAAUUUCCCUUCACUUGCUUAAUAAACAUAAAUUUAUUUUAUGAACAGUCUAGU